GAGAAACUACGUCAGUUUUGUUCUGUCACGCAAUCUCCAAAUGGGUCUUAGCCUAACCGCAACCAUCCUCGUCGUGGUAUUCGCGUUUUGUCUAACCGCAGUCACUGUCCAGCUCGCCUACGUUCUUUGGUGGAAACGCAGGUUUCGACGUCGGAGUAUCACCGGAACAGAACUCGACGGGUUUUCCUCUCGCGGCGGUGAUCCGACGGCGACACCACCUCCGUCGAAAGAGCUUCUUUACUUCUUCCUCUUCUGUGUCGAAAACAAACAGUUCCGCGUAGGCUCCGCCACCGCGCCGCCGCUUCCCGCAGCCGCAACGCCGGUGGAUGACGUGGCGCCAAAGUGGUCAACCACGGGAGAGAAUCUACUCUCCGGUCCUUCCGAGACUCUGUAUACCAUAGCUGAAGACUCCACCAGCGAGAGUGAUCAUCGAAAUGCUGAGGUAGAGCCACGUGGAAGCGUAUCAGUGGAUGAUCAUGUGGAGGAUAACCAACUUGAAGAAGAUUUUGAUAGAAUUGACGACGAGGUUGAGGACUAUAAUCACGAUGGAAUGACGCCGUUUUCUACUCCUUGUGCUUCGCCGCCGUUUUAUACGCCGUCACCUUCUCCGGUUCGUGAUGAUCUCUCUUGAAUAAGCUAGGUGAAGAGAGUUUGUAUGGCUGAGAUUACGGAGAAAUUUAAAUAUCCGUUUAACCGGCGUUGACCCGAUCAAAGAUUCGGAGUCAAAUCAAAGGAUGGGUUUCUUUUUAACCGGUUAAUUUGGUUUAUUAUGGGUGUUAAUCCGUUGUAAUCCCGAACCGAUACCCUAUUGUAAAUUUGUAACAUAUCAGUGAUAGAUUAGGCUAUGGUUUUGUCUCUGCCUUUUUUAUAUUUACUAGGUGAUUUUUCUGUGCUCAUGCACGG